AUGUUUUUCUCUGCGUGGAUAUCGAUCAAUACCUGGAAAACGCCGACCUCUUUCCGCAAUGACAAAGUCGACAUAUUCUAUCUUCUGGUAAUGAUCACCCGAAAUACUACUUUCCGUUUGCCUGAGCAAGCAGACUUCUCGCCGUUCUCGACAGUUGUGUUACACUCUACAAAUUUCUCCUUUGCGAUUUUGAAGGUCUUUACGAGCGAUAUGUAUCUGCAGUUUGCUGAGCAGACCAAAGUAAAAUAUGCCAGCAAGUAUUUUCAAGGCCAAGUUGGCUUAACUGCACUUCGGAACCUCUCCACAAAGCCAGCUAGACCUGGAUACAAAAUCAAUUGCAAGGAGCUUGGGAACGAGAUCCUUCAAGGCAAGCGGAAUAAGCAGAGUUAG